AUGGCCGCCCCAUCACAGCCCGAGCAGCAAAAUGACGCCGCCACUCAGUGGGCCUACCGGGCGCAAAAGUCCAUUGGCCUCAACACCGGCUCGCCCACCUACACGUCUGUCAGCGGCUUUGACCAGGUCGAGGGGACCACAAGAGUGUUCCAGUACAGUCCUGAUGGCAGCACGUUUGCCGCCGCCAUGGAGGAGUUUACCCGCCUCGUAGACACGCGCGAGGCCAACGUGUCGGCCGUCAAGCGCGACCUGCCCGUGCCGCGCGUCGUCGACCUCCAGUUUUCGCCAAAAGGCAGCUUCCUCAGCACGUUUGAGCGGCCCGUCAAGCUCGAAGACGGCAGCGGGUCAAAGAACCUCAAGAUCUGGGACACCGAGACGGGCCAGGAGCUCGCCAGCUUCGAGCGCAAGGCCCAGGAGGGCUGCUUCUUCCAGUUCACCGCCAACGAGUCGUACUGCAUCCGCCAGGUCAGCACCGAGCUCCAGGUCUACGACCCGCGCGCCAUCAGCGAAAAGGGCAUCGUCGGCCGGCUGAGAUUGGAGGGCAUGACCAGCUUCGAGGUGGGCCCCGGCGACAAGCCCAGCAUCGCCGUCUUCUGCGGCGAGAAAAAGGGCGCGCCGGCCUCGGUGCGCAUCUACCCGCUCUCGGCCCUCGUCCCCACGCCCGCCGACACGCCGGCGCCCGUGUCGCAAAAGACGUUUUUCAAGGCCGACAAGAUCCAGAUGAAGUGGAACAAGGCCGGCACCGGCCUGCUCUUUAUGACGUCGACCGACCACGACAAGACGGGCAAGUCGUACUACGGCGAGACCAACCUCUACAUGAUGUCGGUGCGCGGCGACUUCGACUGCCGCGUCGGCCUCGACAAGGAGGGCCCCAUCCACGACUUUGAGUGGAACCCCAACGGAAAGGAGUUUAUCGUCAUCUACGGCUACAUGCCCGCCAAGGCCACGCUCUUUUCGCACCGCGUCAACGUCAUCCAGGAGCUGGGCACCCAGCCGCGCAACUUUGUCGCCUUCAACCCGCAGGGGCGGCUGUUUUGCAUCGCCGGCUUCGGCAACCUGUCGGGCACCGUCGACAUCUGGGACCGCGACAACCUCGCCAAGGGCAAGCUCUUCUCCAUGGACGCCUCCAACAGCUCCGUGUGCCAGUGGAGCCCCGACGGCCACUUUAUCCUCACCGCCACCCUCAGCCCGCGGCUGCGCGUCGAAAACGGCGUCAAGAUCUGGCAUGCCACCGGCGAGCUGAUCCACAACACGCCCGACAUUUUCAAGCGAGUCGACGAGGGCGGCUCGGGAGCCUCGACGCCGAGCCUGUCGCGCUCCGGCUCGCAGCAGAACACCAACGGCACCUACCAGGCGCCCGGCUCGGGCAACCGGGGCAAGCGCUCGGUUCCCGGAGCGGGCGCACCGCCGGGCUCCGCACAGGCGUCGUCGUCGAAUCGCCAGGCCUCGUCGUCUUCCAAGAAGAAGGGCAAGGGGCAGCAGCAGGCCAACGGCUCGCAUCCGGACGCGACGGCGGCGGCAGGAGCAGCGGCAGCGACGGCGCCCGAGACGCCGGCAGCGCCGCUGGUAGCGGGACCGCAGGACGUCGGGGGAACGCCGCAGGCGAGCGGCGUCGAGAAAAAGAUCCGCAACCUGACCAAGAAGCUCAAGGCCAUCGAGGAGCUCAAGAUGCGCCAGGCCAAGGGCGAGAAGCUCGAAAUGACCCAGGUCAACAAGAUCAAGAGCGAGGACGAGAUCCGCGCCGAGCUCGCCGAGCUCGAAUGA